CAGCUAUGUAACGUCUUCCGUCAGAACAUGGAGAUCGACCAGUGUCUGCUGGAGUCUCUGCCCAUCGGCCAGCGCCAGCGGCUGGUCAGGAGGAUGCGCUGUGAUCAAAUAAGGGCGUACUACGAGAGGGAGAAGAGCCUUCAGCGCCAGCAGGGCGGAGUCAAGGCCCGAGCCCCUCCCGGCCAGCGCAGAAAGCAGCGCGUUCGCUUCAGCCUCGAUGAUGUCAUACAGGACGCCAUCAUCCGCCAUGAUGACAAAGAAGUGUUGCGCCUCCUGAAGGAGAGAGCGGACCUCAGCGCCCCCAUUUCCUCUGGAGGAUCUCUGCUACACCUGUGUGCUCGCCACGACAACGUGUUUGCAGCAGAGCUCCUGAUCGAGCGGGGUCUGAAUGUCAACCUGCAGGAUGAGGACCUGUGGACGGCGCUACACGUGGCGUGUGUGUGCGACCAUGCCGACAUGGUGCUUCUGCUGCUGCUGGGUGGAGUCAACGUCCUGCUGCAGGACGUCAAUGGCAACAUUCCCCUGGACUACGCCUCCGAGGGGACUGAGGCCAGCUACAUCCUCCGAAAACACCUGGAGGAGAACGGUGUGGAUGUGUCGUCCAUGCACACUAUGCGGACCCAGAGGCCCGGCACCAUGCUGUCAGAUGUCAAGCAGCUGGUCGCCGCCGGUGGAAACCUCGGCCAGCCAAAUGAUGACGGCGUCACUCUGCUCCACAUAGCAUGUGCCAGUGGCUACAGAGAGGUCGCGAGUGUGUUGCUGGAGAGCGGCGUAGACCCCCACCCGUCUGACAACAACUUCUGGACCCCUCUCCACCUGGCCGCCAAAUAUGGACAGACAAGCAUAGUCAGCCAACUCCUGAGGCACCGAGCAAAUCCCACUCUCUUGAACCGCAACCAAGACAAGCCCUCAGACAUUGCCGCAUCAGUUCCCAUAGCUGACAUGCUGCUGAAGGCGGAGGAGUGCUGGCUCCAGAGACUGAAGGACCCAUUUGCUCCUCUGCCCUCCACUGACCAACGCUAUGAUGGGGGAUCACAUGACCUCACCACCCCUGUCAAGAACCUGAACCCCCUUGGCCUGCCCAUCUCUAAGCGGGAUAGUCUGCUGGAGAAGUGCGCCAUGUUCAGGGAGGCAAGUGGGGGGUUGAGCCGACACCCAUCCCAGGACAACGGCCUAGAUGGGCCCUUCAGCUCUGGUGCCAAUAAACUUGAACAGGUAAAGCUGAUGCCCCCGGCGCCCAAUGAUGACCUGGCGUCCCUCAGUGAGCUGACCGACAGCAGCCUUCUCUACGAGAUGCAGAAGCGCUUUGGCAACGAUCAGAUCUACACCUAUAUCGGACACAUUCUGCUGCUUGUAAAUCCAAACAAAGAGCUGCCCAUCUACUCCACUUUGGUGAGCCAGUUGUACCUGAGCGCCACGGGUCGUCUGUGUUCCUCUCUGCCUCCACACAUUUUCUCCUCAGCAGAGAGAGCCUACCACAUGAUGCUGCAGGAGAAACACCCACAGUGCUUCAUCCUCAGUGGGGAGAGUGGUUCUGGGAAGUCAGAAGCCUGUAAGCAUAUAGUGAGACACCUGACAGCUCGUUCCAGCCCCAAAGGCUUUGUUCUAGAACCCAGAAUGAAACAUGUUAACUGUGUUCUUGAGGCCUUCGGACAUGCCAAGACCCAAAGGAACAACAACUCCAGCCGCUUUAUCAAGUUACUCACAUUGCAGUACUGUGACAAGAGGAGGACAUUGCUCAGAGCCCGGGUGUACGCUUACAUGCUUGAGAAGUCUCGCCUGGUCCACCUGCCUCAUCGCCAGCACAGCUUCAACAUCUUCUACCUGAUGGCCGAGGGCCUGUCCCCUGAAGAGAAGAGCGCACUUUACCUGAACAACGUCCUGGCUCAUAGGUAUCUGGGCGGAGGGUCUCCUGGGGAGACCCCUCCAGUGGCUACGGCGUCCACACAGAGCCGGGAGCGACUCGCUGCCCUCAAGCAAGGCUUGCGGGCCUUGGGCUUCAACAAACAGGAAGUGGAAUCCGUGUUUACGUUGCUCUCCGCCGUGCUGCACGUUGGGGACCUGCGUUUCACUGCGCUGACAGACGCCGACACAGCCUUCCCCUCUGACCUGCAGCUGCUGGAGAGAGUGGCUGGAAUGUUGCAGGUGUGUUCUGAUGACCUAAGUUCUGCACUCACCUCUGAUGUUCAGUACUUCAAAGGUGAUGUGAUCACUCGGCGCCACACGGUGGAGAUGUCAGAGCAACACAGGGACCAGCUGGCAAAGGCCCUUUAUGGCCGUCUUUUCAGCUAUCUGGUCAACAACAUCAACGACUACCUGCAGGGACAAGACGACAGCACUGGUGAUCCUGCCCUAGAGAUUGGGAUCCUGGACGUCUUUGGAUUUGAAGAGUUUCAGAGAAAUGGAUUUGAGCAGCUGUGUGUGAACAUGACCAACGAGCGGCUGAGGCAGUACGUCUCCGAGGUGCUAUUCCAGCAGGAGCAGCAGGAGUGUCUGCAGGAGGCGGUCACCAUGGAGACGCUACGCUCCCCCAGCAACCAGCCAGCCGUUCUGGACUUCUUUUUUCAGAAGCCGCAGGGCCUACUGUCUCUGGUCGACGAGGAGAGCCAGAGCCUCCGGCCAGCCGAGCAGACGCUGUACAAGCGGCUGUCGGCCCAGCUAGACUCGCAGACCCACGGCCUCUCUCUCACCACCAAGGAUGGCAAUGGCAACCCCCCGCCCAAAGACCAGGGCCCGGCCUUCACCGUCAGCCACUAUGCCGCACAGGUUUCGUAUGACCUCACAGGGUCGCUCACACGGAACAAGGAUUCCCUCCCUCAGAAUCUCUUGUUUGCAAUGAAGUCCAGUGAGAGUGUACUCCUGCGGCAGCUCUUUCAGUCCAAGCUUACUCAGACCGGCUCUCUGGUGCCGACUGUCCAGGGUCGCCUGGGACUGAGGGGGCCGAAAGCAGCCAUGCUCCUCCACAGGAUGCCCCUUGCCGCCCCUGCCACCGCCAACAUCGCUGCCGCCCCACAGCAGCCCCGGAGGUACCACGACCUUACUAAGAUCCUGAAGAAGAAGGGAGCAAGCUCCUUCCUCCAGCGGCUCGAGAGGUGUGGUCCAAUCACAAUGGCUGUCCAGCUGAGGAACUCCCUGUCAGAGGUGACCAGUAAGCUGCAGGCCUGCACCCCUCACUUUGUGGAGUGCGUACGGCCGAACGCCAGCAGCCAGCCGGACAGCUUUGACAGCUUCCAUGUGUCCACCCAGCUGCAGUACAUCGGGGUGCUGGAGAUGGUGCGCACGAUCCGUUACGGCUAUCCCGUCCGUCUGCCCUUCUCCGGCUUUCUCAGCAGGUACAGAGACCUGGCAAACUGCAUUCUUGGAGAUGGGAAGAAAAGGACCCUGGAGGAGAAGUGUCGCUUCGUUCUGCAGCAGUCCAAACUCCAGGGGUGGCAGAUGGGCAGUAGCAAAGUGUUCUUGAGGUACUGGCAGGCCGACCAGCUCAACGACCGCUGCUACCAGCUCCAUAAAAAGAUUAUCACUUGUCAGAAAGUGGUGCGUGGCUGGCUGGCCAGGCAGCGAGUUCAUCACCAGCUGUCAUUACAGCACUCCGAGGAGUGCAGUGUGCAGCGCUUCCUGCAGGGGGCCGAGGACAUGGGGCUGCGAACCUACGACCAGCUGGUCAUCCAGAAUGCCUCUGACAUCGCCCGUGAGAGUGACCGCCUGCGUUGCCAUGGAAACAGCCUCAGCAGCAGCCUUGGCAGCAGCCCGCCACUCGGCGAGCGGCCUGAGCCAGUGGGCAAGGAGGAAGAUCAGCCCACCAAGAGGGUGGUGGAGAAAGGUGGGAAAGCCCACGAGGGUUCUGCCAGCGGGGGAAGCCGAAUUAUCCGCCACUUUCGCUCCAGCUCCGUGCCCAUCCCCCUCGCCAUGGAAAACGCGGUCCACUCUACUACCAGUCCAUCCAUCAAACCAGCCCUGCAGCAGGUGACUCACACCACAGAAGAUGGUGCAGGCGGGGGAGGGCUCGCCUCCCCUCGGAAGCAGCCCCCUCCCAAACCAAAGAGGGACCCCAACACCCGGUUGAGUGCCUCGUACGAGGUGGUCAGCGCAGGGCUGACACUGGGGCCUAAAGAGAGCCCUACCCCGGAGGGCUGUGGGUCACCAGCAGGAAGCCCUCCCAAAACACAGAUCUCCCCGACAGACCCCGCAGCCCUGUGCAAGCCCCGUCCCCACAGCGAUGACUACACCACCAUGAGGAAGGUGCCUCCCCCCAAACCUAAGCGCAGCCCCAACACCAAGCUGACAGGCUCCUACGAGGAGAUCAACGCCGCCGCCCCCCACCUCCAUCAGCUUCGUCCCGCUGACGUCAAGCUAGCCCUGCUGUCCCGGGCCGGAGCGCCGGGAGGAGUCAGCAGCCUGAUGCAGAAAUCCGCCUCUGUGGACGUCCCUCAGGGGGCAGCGCUGAGCCUGUACCAGGUCCAGGCCGAGGAGGACGUCUACAUAGAGAUGGUGGGUGCUCAACCCCGGGCACGAAGCUACCAGGAACCUGCUGAGAGCCCGGAGCAGGCUGACUCAGAGGCUGUCUAUGAGGAGAUGAAGUACUUCCUGCCGGACGAGGGUGGACUUCCUGCCGGGGCAGUUAGCAAGACAGCCAAGCUGGAGGCUCUGGGUUUGGGCUUGAGUCUGGUGGGGCUGGGGGCGUCUCCUCCUCGGAGCGGCGAGCCUAAACGGGUAGCGGUAGGUGGGAUGAGUGCCGCCAUGGAUAUUCCUCUCUCCCAGAACAGCGCCAUUGCAGUGGCUCCCAAGAUGCCACAUAGCAAAGACGGAGGCUGCGACAUCCCCGCUCCCUUCCCCAACCUGCUCCCCCACCGCCCACCCCUGUUGGUGUUCCCGCCUUCCCCAGUCACCUGCUCCCCGGCAUCAGACGAAUCUCCCCUCACGCCGCUAGAGGUGAAGAAGCUGCCGGUGUUUGAGACAAACCUAAACUAUGCCACGGGGCCGGACAGCCCGCUCUCCCCGCAGUACGCCCGCCAGAGAGCCGAUUCCUCACCCAGCCUCACCGUGUUCCUGCCAGACAAGUCCACGCCACCACUCACCCCUCCGCCUCCCCCUCCUCCCCCCAAUGCCCCACCGCCCCCUUACCGACCAUCCUCCCACUUCGCCUUCCCUCCGGAGGCCAGUUUCCUGGCUCUGACCCGGGCGUCAUCUGUCACGGCGGGCUCGGACUCCCCCAAGCCUUCCUCCUCACACAGGUCUGCGGGAGACGCCCACGGGAAGCCCCCGCCUUACUCCCCGGUGAAGACAUCCCGUCCCGAGCCUCGGAGGGCCCACUCGUGCUCCUCGUCGCCGCUGCUGUUCAACCCAGCCAACGGCAGACCCCUGACCAGCCCCCUGGACGAGCUGAACACCCUGUUCAGCUCUGGACGCAGCCUGCUGAGGAAAUCUACCUCUGGCCGCAAGAUGAGAGAUGGAGGAUUCAACUCUAAUAUCAACCUGCCAGGGCGGGAAGACUGCGGCUCCGCCCCCAACUCGCCAUCUCCGCAGCUACAGGACAAGAACGCCAACAACCACUCCCUGCACUCCCCUAGCCCCGCCCCCGUUGAGAAUGGAAACCAGAUCCCCAACGGGUCACUGGAAGAUGAAAGUCACAGCAAGUCAAACUCCUCCAGCGCCGCAACGCUGCACAGGCACAUGGACAGCCACCAUACUCAGGUGACCCAGCGGUGGCGUACCUACGGCAGGGAUGACGGCACCGCCUUGGGAGAGCUGCUGCGGUGGCGGCGAGCGCAGUGUGAGGGGCAGGGCGACUGGAAGCUCCGCCCGCCUCAGUCCCCGCCCCCGCCCCCCUCGCUGCUCUGGACCAACAGGAAGGCCUCUCCGUGAGGAGGGGGGAGGGGGGGAGGAUCCAUCCGACCUGGCUGGCUGUAUUGUGAAAUUCUUUGUUUACCGGCGAAAAAGUUCCUCCCUCUUUCCCCGCCACCACAAUUAAAUGUAAUGUUGUUGGGGGUUUUUUU